CUAGUAAUAUUCCAGAUAUAGAAGUCCUAACUUCUAAUAAUAUAGAGCAAAAAAAGAGUCCAUUAUUAACUAUAGAUGAAUUAAUAAAGUGGUUAUCAAAACCUAAAAUAAAAAAUAAUAAAAAAAUUAGAUCGAAACUUAUACCUAAAACAGAUAAAGAGUGGUUCGAUUUAAUGGAAUUAGAUAAAGAUAAGGAUAGUGAACCAAAUGAUUCAGAAUAUGAUACAGCUGAUGAAGACCCAGAUGUAUAUUUCGAAAAAAUCAAAGAUCCAUAUAUUAAUAGGAUAUCGGAAGCUGAAAAAUUUAAUGAAGGUGAGGUAUGUGAUUACUAUGCAUUCGUACCAAAAGGAUACUAUACCGAAAAUGAGCCUUUAGGUUUCUUUGAAUCAAUCGAAGAAAAGAUUGCUAAUGUUUACAAAAGAGAGUUAGCUUUAAAGGGUGGAUUAAAGCAUGAAACUAUAGAAAUUAUUAGAGAAGAUCGAAUCAAUGCAACUAUAGAAAAAGGAUAUAAUGAAAUUAUAGACCAGAUUGAGGAUGAAGCAAUACAAGAAUCAGGAUGGUCAUUUGUUCGAGCAGAAGAG